AUGCUGGACUAUCACUUGAUGACGAUUACUCCAUCGCUGCUUUGGAUACCUGGACGUGCUUCAAGCCGCUUCCAGCGCUACCCGCACGUGGAGACCAAUUUCCUGGACCUCAUGGCCAAGGUAGCGACACAGAUCUCAGCGUUUGUGAGUCUGUGCCGAGAACGGAGUGGCUAUCUAACUCGCAAUGCGCGUGGAGGCCUCUCCCCAACAGUGCCCGUUCAUCCUGAUGAUGACACGUUCUCGGGACUUGAACUGAUCCCGGUGCUGGCCUUCUUGGCCUUCGUCGGCCUUGUGGUGAACGAGAACCGAUCGUUUGUACUCGGAGUGGUGCGGACGCGGUUCUUCUGGUUUGUUCUCUGCUUGGGGGUCAUUUAUGUAGCGCUCAGUGGGUUCUUCCACUCAAUUAUCCACCGUCGGGGUUGGUAUUACUUUAGUCGAAUGCACGGCUUCGUGUUCGUUUACCCGAGCUCACGACGGCAGUUUAUACUGGAAGGACUGGUCAAUGGGACGUGGAGUUUCUGGCUGUCACUGGGAGUGAUGAGUGUUGCGGACGUGGCACCGUCGUUGAAGUCUCGCCUGGCAAGGGAAGAAGUUAUUCGUAACUCGCUGCUUCUCGUGGUCCUCUCGUACAUGGCGCUUCAUUUCACGUUCCUCCUCAAGUACAGGUGGUUGGCCUAA